CCUCCCAAGCCAAAGUCCAAGUGUACACACGUCGCAGAUUUCCUUGCAAAAUGGUAGCCUGGGCAGACCGCUUCGACCUGGAGAAGCAGGUGACGUUCUACCUGUCCUACCACGACAACAAGAUCAACCAGAUCAUCCACUUCGCCUGCAUCUGGCAGAUCUUCAUCUCGGCGCUCUGCAUGUUCGCGUCGCUCGAGGCCUUCGCCGAGCCGCCGAGCUUCGCGUCGGGGCUGCCGUUCGGCGAGUACCUGCUGCUGAACCCGUCCUGCGUGCUGGCGGGCGUCUACAUGGUCUGGUACAUCCUGCUGGACCACGUCGCUGGCUCGCUGGGCGCCAUCCUGGUCUUCGCCAGCUACCUCUUCGCCAACUUCUUCGUGCAGGACUACGCGCCCAGCCACUUCGAGCGCCCAGGCUGGCAGGUCGCGCUGGGCGUGCACUGCUUCGCGUGGAUCAUGCAGUUCAUUGGUCAUGGAGUCUUCGAGCGCCGCAAGCCCGCGCUGUUCGACAGUCUGGACCAGGCGCUGGUCACGGCCCCCAUGUUCGUACUGCUUGAAGCGCUCUUCGCCUUCGGAUACCGCCCGCAACUGUACAAGCGCGUGUCAGCUGCGGCCAAGGAGAACAUCAAGGCGUUCCGAGCUGCGGGCAAGACGCUGUAAGGGUGAAGGGGGCUUAGCGUGGUUGCUAGUUUUAUUGUGUUUGUAUUUCAAGUAUUGCGAUUCCAAUGCAA